AUGGAUCCGGAUCAGGUGGCAAAGGCGUUCGUGGAGCACUACUACUCAACCUUCGACACCAACCGGAACUCGCUGGGCAAUCUAUAUCAGGAGUCCUCCAUGUUGACCUUUGAAGGCCAGAAGAUUCAGGGUUCUCAGAACAUUGUUGCUAAGCUCACCAGUUUGCCCUUCCCCCAGUGCCAGCACACCAUCUCCACCGUCGAUUGCCAGCCCUCUGGUCCCGCCGGUGGUAUGCUCGUCUUCGUCUCCGGCACCCUUCAGCUCCCCGGUGAACAGCACGCCCUCAAGUUCAGCCAGAUGUUCCAUUUGAUGCCAACCCCUCAGGGUAGCUUCUAUGUGCUGAAUGACAUUUUCCGGUUGAAUUAUGCGUGA